UUUGAUGAAACAUCACAAGUUUUCGCAAAUACGUUACCAACAGGAAGCGGUUCAAGUCUUCAAGAGUUAUUCGUUAAUGCAACGAACAAAGCCAUUGAAACAGGAACUCUAAAAUUAUCAAUUGGACUUCACGAUGACACUGUGGUAAGAGCAUCACUAAGCGCACCAAACAAUUACGACUGUACGGUGCGAUCUGCAGUGCCAGCGGACGUACGUGCACGAUUGGGACUCAGCACGUAUUAUACCCAAUAUGCCCAUGCCUACGGUAUACCGGUACUUAGCUCAAGCCGCGUAAAGCCAAAAGCCCUGGAGCGAGCUUGUUACGUGAUGAGGUUUCUGUUUGCCGAUCGCAAGGAUAUUCGAGACUGGUUCUACAGACGAAAGGGCAGAGCGGGAAUCAUGGCAAGAUCAGAAGGCACAACGAUGAUUCCCGAACACAGUUUCUUGCCAUCGUGGUGGAACGAAAGAGCACGUGGCCUGGGCGCUACUAUUCCCAUUCCCAUUUCCACGGGGGGUGAAGAGAAUCUUUUAUGCGAACGACCAGAUCGCUACUAUAACGAAGACAUCUUUCUUCACGAGUUUGUUCACGGUAUUCAUAACUUGGGUGCAACUGGAGCUAUUCCGACUUUUGAUCGUCGUUUGAAAGCUGCCUACGAGAGUGCUCGUUCCAACAGACUGUGGUGGAGAACGUACGCAUUAAGUACGGACCGUGAAUAUUUUGCCGAAGGUACGCAGAGUUUUUUCAACGUCAACGCAUAUUCAGCUAAACCCAAUGGAAUUCAUAAUGACAUUAACACUCGCAAGAAACUUCAAACAUAUGAUCCCGCUCUUUAUGACUUGAUCAAAGAAGUUUUCCCAUGUGAAAAUGAAUUCUUGAAACGUUGUGAUGCAAGAAAAGGGAAACUGCCGCAACCUUUCAAAAUGGAUUGCAAAGAUGGAGGAACUGUUGUCACAUUAAAACCUGAAACUCCACCAGUUCCCCCUCAUUCAACAACUAGUACUCGAUCUGUUUCUAAACCCACCAAUCCAGACACACCGCCCGUUCCUACAUCUUCAAAAUCAGACACUCCACCAGUUCCCACAACGCCCAGUACUCCAUCUGUUUCUAAACCCACCAAUCCGGACACACCUCCCGUUCCUACAUCUUCAAAAUCAGACACUCCACCAGUUCCCACAACGCCCAGUACUCCAUCUGUUUCUAAACCCACCAAUCCGAACACACCGCCCGUUACUACACCAGUUUCAAAAUCUAGUACUUCACAUGUAACCACUCCUCCAGUAACUACAACUCCAAAAAGAACUCCUCGGCCAACAUCAAUUAAACAGUGUAACAAUCAUCACAAACAUUGCAAUGAUUGGGCAAAAACUGGUGAAUGUCAACGUAAUCCUGCUUAUAUGUUGCUAUUUUGCUGUCGAUCAUGUAGGAUUUAUAAAUACACUACCACACCUCGUGUGACGUGUAGGGACAACCAUAAAAAUUGCCGAUUCUGGGCUUACAGAGGACAUUGUCGAUAUUCAUAUUACUAUAUGACAAAAAACUGCAGAAACAGUUGUGGAUUAUGUCGAUGACUAUUUUUUGUUUUUGUUGGGGUUUUUUAUUUUAUAUAGCUAGCACUGAGUUAUUGUUUUGAUGUACGUUUUUUUCUUGUAAGUAAAAAAUUGAAAUGUA